UUCCUUUAUUUAAAUGGCUUUUUCCCCCCUAAAUGAGAUUAUUUAGACAGGCUUGUGUGUAGGGCACGCGUGUGCACAUAUAUGACUGUGCCGGGUUUUUUUUUUUUUUCCCCCCUAAAUCGACGAUUCACAGAGACCCUCCAUUGUGUUUAAGGAAAAAAGCACGAAAUCAGCAUUCUGAUUUAUCGUAAAGGAGCGUCCCAAAUUGUCUUUAAGAUACCAUGUUUGAGUUUUUCGUGUUCAUUCAUAAAUUAUUUUGAUGUCAGCCUAGAUGAAAUGGCGAUUGGUUAUCUCUUCCUCUUGCCAGCCCCUUAAGGAUCCGAGGUGAAAUUAGUAGCAAGAAAGCAUGUAAUUGACAAAGUCACGUGGCUCAGGGGGCCAGAAACUGGAGAGAGAAGAGGAAAAAAAAAAAAAUCAAAAGAGGGAAAGCACAUUAGACCAUGCGAGCUAAAUUUGUGAUCGCACAAAAUCAAGAUGUUAGAUUGAUGCAGAAGAUCACUCCGUUCCAAGGGGAAAGUUUUCAUCUCACGAGUUUGGAGCAGAGGGCCCGUGGGGCAACAUGGCCGAAGGCGGGGCAAGCAAAGGUGGUGAAGAGCCCGGGAAGCUGCCGGAACAGACAGAGGAGGAAUCCCAGAUUUUGCACGGAACUGGCCACUGUAAGUGGUUCAACGUGCGAAUGGGAUUUGGAUUCAUCUCCAUGAUAAACCGAGAAGGAAGCCCCUUGGAUAUUCCAGUCGAUGUGUUUGUACACCAAAGCAAAUUAUUCAUGGAAGGAUUUAGAAGCCUAAAAGAAGGAGAACCAGUAGAAUUCACAUUUAAAAAAUCUUCCAAAGGCCUUGAAUCAAUACGGGUAACUGGACCUGGUGGGAGCCCCUGCUUAGGAAGUGAAAGAAGACCCAAAGGGAAGACACUACAAAAAAGAAAACCAAAGGGAGAUAGAUGCUACAACUGCGGUGGCCUUGAUCAUCAUGCUAAGGAAUGUAGCCUACCUCCUCAGCCAAAGAAGUGCCAUUACUGUCAGAGCAUCGCGCACAUGGUGGCAAACUGCCCACACCGAAGUGCCGCGCAGCCGCCGGCCAGUUCUCAGGGAAGACAGGAGGCCGAGCCCCAGCCGCCGUGCACCUCGGUGGCGCUGGCCCGGGAGCUGGGGGGGGUGCAGGGCUGCACCUCACCGCCCUUCCCCCCGGAGGCCAGGUUCGAGGUCUCAGAAUGGCCGGGCAGGUCAUCCCAAGACGCUUCCUCAGCAAGGGCAUCUGCAGUGCCGGAGGAACCAAGCAAAAAGGGGCCUUCUGUUCAAAAAAGGAAAAAGACCUAACGCUUCCUCUUCAGUGGAUCGCUUUCUUGCCCCGGUUGGGAAGUCUACCUCAUGCAAGUACAGGGGAGCAGUAUUUCACAGCAGCAGCUGACUUGGGAUUUUUAAACUACUGUUAAGGAACUGUGAAAUUUUUUGGGUUUUUUUUGUUUUUUGUUUUUUGUUUUUUUUUUUUAAACAGACAAAUCACUCUAAAGCAAAUUACAUUGGAGCAGGGUGUCAUGUGUGAUGUCCUUCCGAGGAUGAAAUACUCUGGGUAUCUCUGUGUGCACGUGUGAGAGGGAGAGAGCCUGAGUCUGUGUGUGUAGGAGGAUUUCCUGUAGGAUUGUAGACAUAUAUAUAUAAAGCGAAUUUGUCUUUAUAUAUGUGUGUAUAGAGAUAGAGGCACACACCCUCCCUCACAGAAUUGGACAUCCCCAAGAAUUGCAAACCCAUUUGAAGCAUUUUUAGAUGGUUUCAAAGAUAACCCCUGGAGGUUUUUUUUCUAUUUUUUUUCCUUAAAUUCCACUCCCUUUAUAUUACGUAAAAAUAAAAACAUGACUGUUACUUUUUGUGUGAACCAAAGGCUACUUAGAUCUCAGAGCUGCCAAUCAUAUGGUACUAAAGGUUUUAAGUCAUCAGUUCUCCCAAGUUUGGGAUUGCCUCUUUCUCUUGAUUCUCUAUAGAGUAUUUUUCCCUACCCCCACCCCUUUGAAGGCAGUACCUUAACUCCACAUGCCUCCCACUGCCAUAAGCUUUUUUGAAUCUGGGAUACGUAACUCCAGAAGAGACAAUGAAUGUGUAAUUUCUGUGCCGAUAUUUCAAUGUUCUUAAUUCAUGCGUUUUGAUUGUAAAUUAGAUGCCUAUUAAGAAAAAUGAAAGGGGAGGGCAGUGUUUAAAUGUGUAGUGACUUGAUUGUUACCAGCUCAUCAUAAUCUUUUACACGUUGUGAAGUUUUUAAGGGAUUGUGGCAACAGCAGCUUCCCUUGACGAAGUCAAUCUGAACCAUCGCUGUGAGCAGGGGCCUCCUUCUUUACUACUGAAGACUUUGGAGGAACACUCCAGUCGUUUGGUGUUUUUUUUUUUUUUUUGGCUGUUUUUACCCCCCUCCUAGUGAGUUAUCUGACUUGUUUCAAAAACAAAACAGCACAGGUAAGAAUAAAAUACUGGGGUUGAGAAUGAAAAUGAAGUGGCCGUUCAUAAUCAUCGCCCAAUAUGUGUACCCUGUGGGAGUAUCCUGAAAAGUGCAGUGGCAGGUGGCAGGCAACUAGUGAUGGGCCUGGGGCAGAGGUGCCGGGGCCUCUCCUACCAGAGAGCUAGGAGUAUUUCAUAUACUAAGACUGAUUUUUAUGGAGGUUCCCUUCAUUACUCAUGCUGAAGUAACCUAAGUAGUGGUUUCAGAUGGACAUUCAGUAAUGGGGUUCGAGCCGCUUCUCAGGUUGGUCCUCAGUUAUGUGACUGACUAAACUGGCCUGGGACCAAUAGGAGGAUUGGUCCCAUUAGGUUUCAGUCAUUAAAAAAAUAUAUAUAUUGGUGUCCUCCUGGUUCUAGAUGUUAUGGGUAAAUUUCUGAAACAUCUCCAAGAAGGUACCAAUUAGUGAUAAUGCUUAACAUUGGCAAUAAACAACGUUUUGUAUGAGCCUGUUGGUGUAAGCUCAGAUAAUCAAAAAAAAAAAAAGAAAAAAGAAUAGCAUGAGUCAAAUGAGACCUAUUCUGCUGAGCAGCUUCUGCUCCUUCCCGAACUUGUCCUGCCCUGGGGGGUCUCAGGCAGUUCCUGGGGUUGCAGCAAGCAAGCCAGCGUUGUCGGGGAGGAAAUGCCUCAGGCUGGGCCUCCAGUCCUUUAUAGCUCAGCUUGGAUUCCAGGACAGUGUUUGUGAGACUCUCCAUGGUAUAUACUGACAUAUCCACGUGCUGUGAUGCAAAGCGUACCUUUGACGAUAUUGAAUGUGAUAUAUAGCUGUAGAGAAGUACUUCCUUGCCUUAUGUGAGGAUUGUAAGCUUAUUUAAAUUAUGUAGACAAAUCAAAGUGGCAUUGCUUAAUUUUUAGCAGGCAGAAUAAGCAGGUUAACAGUAAAAAUGCAAAACAUUAAUAAGUCACUUUGAAAAUCCAAACCAAAGUUCCUUGACCUUAUAGACCUAGAAAAUUAUGGACUUAAGAAUUGGACAUUCCCUGUUUACAUAUAAAAAGUUCAGAGCUGAGAUCAUGUUUUUUUUUUUUUAAAAAAAAAGCAUUUUAUAACUGGACCUUAUGGGUGCAAUUUAAAAUCAUUUUAAGCAUCUUACCAGACUGAACUAAUAGCACAUACCAAACCUAUCUUAUGAUUAAAAGCUGGGGUUUAUUUUUUAUAUAAGAAUAUUAUCACUAUUACAUAACAUACUCAGGACAAAGAACUUUGCUCAGGGAACAUACCAUAUAAUGUUGUUGUUGUUUCUUUACAGAAUAGUCUACAGUCCUGCUUACUCAAAACAAACCAAAUAACUUAGACCUUUAUAUAAGUAUUAUGUACUGAUGUUAGUAAUAACUACCUCUGAGUUUGAUCAAAAUUUCCGAAUUUCAGGUAUCAGCUUUCCUAUUUUUAUUUCCCGUGAAAAGUACUCUAAAACAAAAUUCCCAGACUCCUUGCAUAUGUGAAUAUUCUUGAUGUGAGCACAUGUCCAUUUCCAUGGGUGAAAUACUCUGUUUACAGCAAAAGGCUACCUCAUAGUUGAUGCAUAGCACACCUUUAUGCUGCUCCAGCCUUACAGUGGCUGAUAAUUCUCUGGUACAGAACCUUUUAAUCUAUGUUAUAGAUAGCAAUUCACAACUAAAUGUUUCUAACAAACACUUGUGAAUAAUGACGCAUCUCAUUUAGUUAGCGAAGUCUCCAAGCAUUUCUUUAAAGUUAUCAUGUAUUUAAUGUAAAGACUUAUGGGCACCCUUCCACUUAAGCAAAACAAAACAGAGGCAAUCUUGGAAAUAGCUGCUUUGCCCAGAGGUCAAGGGCAGGAAGGGGUAGCAGGAGAAGAGGUGGUGUGUGAGUGUAUUCCUGCUGGGCAAAAGUAUAAAGGAUGCCAAUCUCCAUUUUUGUGUCUGUGCUGCCCUGAGGCCAAGCAUAUUUCAGCAUUCUUGCCCUAGGCACAUAACUAACUAGCACUGGCUUGCCAAGGAGUGAACGUAGAGCAAACGUGCAAUGCCAUUUUUAGCUACUCGGGAGAAGGGUCUGUGUGUGAAGCAUCCAGUUUACAGGGGUUACUACUAAAGGGUUGGGCAGGAGGUCUGUGAAUUAGUUGCCCCUUGAUCUCACCCCCCCAUGUCAACACAAAUGUAACUCCUAAGAAAGAUGCGCUACCAGUCUCUUAGCCCCGGGAGCUAUUCAUUACUACAUGGCAGAUUAUAGUAGAAACCUUUUUGUACUUGCAUUUCUAGUCUUUACUAGAAGACUUUGGAUGUAUUUUUACAACUGAAACAUUUUAAAAGAUUUUUACCUGCUUAUAACUUGGAAGUUUGGCGUGCAAUGUAGGGAAGAAGAUCAAAGAAACAUCAUGUUCUUAACAUCGGUCCAUCUAUUAUCGUAGGAUGUUUUAAUGCCAAUAUUUUAAAAUACCCUGGCCCAGUUUUAUUUUGCACCAGUGUGGCUCCAAGUUACUGCUAGUUGUAUUUAGUUUGUGAAUAGAAGCCCAUAAGUGUUAAUAGACUUUGUAACAUUCUCUGUAAGAUGAAUUAUACAGGACAUGGGAAAUCUCAUUAAGUCUUAAAGUUAAUUUAAAUUAAUUUAUCUGUUUUCUCUAAGAAAUGUUUAUCAUAAAAUAUAUAUGUGUAUUUCCCCUUUGGUUAUAAAAUUUGGGAAAGUGUGUAUAAGUGCAGCUGCACUGACUUUAAUUUUCUAGAUGUCUUAAUGAGAUUUAUUUGUUUUAGGGAAAGAACAACUCGUGGAGAGCAUCAGGUUCUGUCUUACAUAGCGGUCAGCAGCCUCUUUAAGAUGUGGUGGUUGUGUGAUCUGUGUCAUAGUUGUCCAGUUAGAGUGAGAGGUUGACCUAUGAGUCGUUCUUAAAUCUUCUAUUUGGAACAAAGCUGCGAAGUUAAUGGUAAAGUACUGUACUGUGAGAAACUAUUACAAUAUUUAAUACAUCUGUGGCUUAACACUUGUGUUACCAGCUUGAAAAUGAUGGUGUUUACUACCUCUUGAACUACUUAGUGUCUGUCAACCACUGGCACCCACCACCAAGCUGGCUUUAAUUAGUAUGUGUUGCUUUUUGGUAUUAACAACUCUAACCAUACUAGAGACCAAAGUGAACACUGAUUUCUGUAUGUCUUUAAUAUGGUGUUUUAUCUAGUGUUUUUAAAUUAUCCUGUGUAGUAUUUAGAUUACCUCAUUGUCCAUUUUGUUUACAAGUGAAAAAACAGAACACUUGAACUACGUGUUUUUAAAGGACAAAAAAGGAGUAGAUGUUUGGAAUGGCAUUUCACUCAUGUACAGUCAUCUUGAUGGACUAGAGUACUGUUUGCCUUUCUGCAGACCAUCGAUUUUAUAUUCUCAUUUCAUGCCUAAUGUCUUAUUCUGUCAAUUAUGGAUAUUUUGAGGUUUAAAAAAUUACUUGAUUGAAAAAAUAAAACCUAUAACGUUGGCAUUUA